CCAUGCCUUCGCCGGUGACCUGCGCAAAGCUCCGAAUCUGGGACCCUACAUAAACGACAGACUUUUGCACAACACAAACAAAAGCGGAGGUGUCUACGCCAAAUUCUCUCCCGUAGAGUUUGACAUAUCUGCGAAAUCGGUCAAUUAUGCUGGCUUUUCGUUCAAAAAAUGCAGACUACAUUCUAUAGAUGAGGAACAUUUCCGACUACGGCUGAUGGGAAAGGGACUUAACCAAGAAGCUAUCGGUAUCCGGGGAAAGGAUCAUUUCUUUCUUAUAGCAGAGGCAUUCAGAGCCGAAAGCGUCACCCUUGCGCAUGGGCAGAGAACAGACGUAUCAGCUGAAGUCGGCGUGGAUGUGGACACUUAUGGCGCUGGUGCGCAGGUGCAGUAUCGUGGCCGAGGGAUACAACGCUCAAACAUAGGUCCUGGAACUCUGGCCUUCAAAUUUGUAGAAGUGAAAUACGACAUGUAUGGAACAAUAACAGGCAUGAAUCUGGUACAGAACCCGCGGGAGAGUUUCGUCUUAGAGUCCAGCAUCGAGAAGGAAGAAGACCAGACCCCAGCUUUGGCUAGGCUUCCAACUUUUUCACCUGACAGCAGUUACGUUUGAAGAGCAUUACAUAUAUACAAGAUGGGAAGUGACACUAAUGUAACGUUAACGUUCUACUCAAUUGACACUACGUAGCAAUUACCAAUUGUCAUUACGAAGGCCACUUCAAAUUUGUCACGGAUUAUAUGAAUAGGACAGAAACUUAAUCUCUUUCCCUUGGUCAGAAAAAUCGAUGCUCAACAAUAUUACAACAGUAGCUAGUUGGUUAUAGAGGCACCAGAAUAUAUAGAUAAAUAGAUGACAUAUAGGACUUAUAUAUUCACUAAUUGUGAUUACAUUGUAAGAUUAUACGUCGCACUGUAUUAUUACUUUCCAUCUAGAAUCUGCUGUUCACAAUGAAAGUUAGGCUACUUCCUCUAGGUACAUUGAUGAAGGUUACUCCAGGUAAAAAAAUCCUGACGAUUCGAUCUCUUAACUGGAUAAGAUAUAGAUGCUACAUCCGGACGUUUUGAGUGACAUCCAUCACUCUUCUACAUCGUCAUAAGAAUGGACUGGCAGAACGAGUCAAUACUGUACUAGUAUUUUUUUUUCCGUUUACAUGUAAUAGUACAGUAGAAACCGUUUAACUGCACAAAUCAUUUGCCAGCGUAAUGCGAUUGAAAGAACAUACCACAUGAUAUGUAUUCGUUCAAAAGAUUGAAUUUUCUUUAAACACUUUCUCUAGAGUUUCCCUCUAAGGUCGAUAACCCUAUUCGGGUCCCUGACACCCUUGUACCAAACUAAAGAAGCGACCAGAACAACCCCGGACAGCACGCCUACGAUGGUCAAGAUCAAAUGCUCGCUGUUCCAAUACGUUGCCGAAGAACCACCUGAAAAUAGAGGCAGAAAAAUAAGACCCAAAACUGGGCUUAAACGUAACAUAAGCGUAACGUUUAUUCACUCUUUCCGCAACUUAACUACCCUAUACGUACGUAAAUAUUGCCUUUCAUUUACCUUUUGGGUACGUUCUGAUCGACACGUCUUUGUACUUCUUCAUGUGUCUUUCAGUAACUAUUACUAGAGCUACGAGUAUAUGGUAUUCCGCAAUAUUCAGACGGUCGUAUCAUUUACGGAUGAUCUGACACGGAAAGUAUACGUAUCUGUGCUGCAAGCAUGAUUAAUAUGUCGUAAGCAUGCAAAUGUGACUUUGCCACACAGCAACACCUCCGAAUAUGCUUCUUAUAGCCAUGCAAACAAAAAUGCAUGUCAUUUUCUUGAAACUCAAAUAAAAGGAUACAAGGCAAAACAUGCGGCAGAAGUCCUAGACCUGACUAAGUCAA